CUUCGGGGUGUCUGGAUGUGUUUGCAAAGUGCUAAUCUCUAGCGCAUGAAGAAAAAAGAAAAAAAAACUCCCUGAUAUUUGAGGCGCUGCAGGGUUUGGCCAGCAUGCCCAUUGCGCGCCCCUCUCAGCCCCCAAAGCAACCCGCCCGUCCAGCGCUGGAGUCACACGGAGCACCGCCUGCGUGUCAGUGCAGUCGACUUACAGCUGGCUGUGAGGAGCACUGACUCUUUAUCACCGCGAUAUGUUCACCCAGAAAAGUAGCCUUAACUUGGCAUCAAUCCUCUUCGGGGUUUAAUUUUAUUAAAGGGAUUUCAAGGAAACAAAAGUUUGAGGCUGGGACUUUAAAACAUUUUUCUCUCUCGCUUUUUGACCGACGCUUGAGGAAGAAGAAGAAGAAAAAGCUGGUCUUUUUUGAGGGGGGUAAAAACUCGAUAAAUGCUUCUAACGAAAAUGGACCUGUUGAAUUACCAGUACCUGGACAAAAUGAACAACAACAUUGGCAUUCUGUGCUACGAAGGUGAAGCAGCUUUGAGGGGGGACCCCAGACUCCAGUCGCUGUCUCUGUCCUCUUCUUCAUCCUCCUCCUCUUCGUCCUCGUCCUCCUCAUCGUCCUCCUCCAUCUCCAACCACAGGACCGGUCCUCCUCCCAUCAGCCCCACCAAGAGGAAGCUGAGUGGGGACCAGGGGGACAGCGACAUGGACGACAAUGAGCACGUGGCAAAGAUGAGCCGGCUGUUUGCCGCACAGCUGAAGCCUAAUGGAGACUACCGCAGCUCCCACAUCUCCAAGGACCAGAGCCGGAGCCCAAUCGAGCGCGUGGUGGUGCCUGGCCCUCUGGGAGUCCACAGCAACCACCUGUACAACCACGCCCACCAUCACCAUCAUCACCACCACCACCUUGCCUCCCUAGCUGGCAUGGACCAGCCACUGGCGCUCACCAAAAACAGCAUGGUGGAACCUGCACGCAGCAGCACGGCGGCUCUGGCCACGGUGCCGCAUGCCGUCAGCGCUGUAGAACGCCAGCAGAAUCGCCCUUCAGUGAUCACAUGCGCCCCAGCCAACAACCGCAACUGCAACCAGUCUCACUGUCCGGUCUCCCACAACGGCUGCACCAGCCUGGCUAACAACUACAGGAGGAUCAACACCAACACGGCCUGCGACCCGGUGAUCGAGGAGCAUUUCCGCCGCAGUCUGGGGAAGAACUACAAGGAGCCGGAGCCCACCGCCCCCAACUCCGUGUCCAUCACCGGCUCGGUGGACGACCACUUCGCCAAAGCCCUGGGCGACACCUGGCAUCGGAUUAAAAACAAGGGGAGCCCCUCGUCGUCGGGCAACAGCCCAAACUCCUCCCCUGACAGUCUCAUGGUCAAUCACAACCACUCCCCUUCCGUGGUGUCCUGAAGGAAGAAGGGUUGAAGAGGGGAUCCUCCCCCCAACCGCCGCGGCUCUAAUACCCCCCGCCCUCGUCACUUUGGUCUAUCACCAGCAUCCCAGAGGGAAUGCCUGCCUGCUGGUCUGCUAAAAACAUUUAACCCCCCCAACUCCCCCUGUUCGCCCCCACUCAGAGGAUUGGUGAAGAAGUAUAUCAGACAAUAAUCAAUAAUGAGCAACGAUGGUUGGACUUUGAGACUCGACCGGAGCAUCGAGCGGCUCCUUCCCUGCAUGUCGAGAGUGGAGCUGAGCAUCCUGUCAGUAGUUACUUGUACAUAAAGAAUAGAGGGGGGGGGGUGUAUUUUAAUAAUUCAUUUUCAUCUUUUGUGUUUCUGUAACCGUAGUUUUGUGUACUACUUUUGCAUUGCGAGAUGUCCGAUGUCAGAAACGAUAAGUGUGAAACACUUUGGAGGAAAACCAACCACACGACCCACAGAUGUUUGUCUCCUUCUGUCGCCCCCCCUGUGCUGGAUUUUACUGCCGUAUGUGUACACCGUCGUACAAGUGAAAGGGUGGUGUGUCAACAUCGUAAUCUGCCUCUGCACACACACACACACACACACACACACACACACACACACACACACACACACACACACACACACACACACACACACACACACACACACACACACACACACACACACACACACACACACACACACACACACACACACACACACACACACACACACACACACACACAGGGGCUGAUUAAGUGGAUUUCUACACAGUCUGGUGAAAUCCAGCUUCUGUUGAUUACACAAACUGUUAUGGUCAAAUCUACCUGGGAAUAAUUCUGACAGAAAAGCAAAAGCCCCAUUAGUAGUAGUAAAAAAAAGAAGUGCAUUUUGGGAAAAUAGAUUGACACCAGCAGGGCUGGGCGGUAAACAGACGUGAGUCGCUGUAGUUGAGUGUUUGUAGAGCAGCGGUCUUUUACACAUGCCUUUUUGUUUUAAAUAGCUGGUAUCUAUUAAUUAUUUUGAAGCAGCAUUUCAAUCAACUACUAUACUAUACGCCUUUUUCCAUUUGGACGUUAGUUGUUACUUUUUCUGUUGUCAGUAACAAACAUCCACACUUUACACUCACUGCUGGGUCAGUUGUAUGCCAUAUUAUUGUUUUUUAUUACAAUGCUUGUAUUUGUUUCCAGUUAAUCAGUAUGGUAACACACGCAUGUGUAGUGGCACAGCCUCCGGACAGGCUCUGUUUAACAUGGAGCCAACAAAGGCUCCUCUUGAGAUGUUGAUCCAUCGGCGGUACGGGAUGCUGAGACACACUCGGUGGGGUCUCCGCAUGGGGGCCGCUAGCAACGCGGCAAUGCUUUUGAGGAACUCGGCGAUUGUCAGUUUUUUUUCUUUCUUUUUUUCUCCUGACUUUCUUUUUGUACUUCAAUGCUUUCUUUUUUUCCUGAACAACGUUGUAGGGUUACUGCUACAGUCUGAAAUGAUUUUGACUGUUGGAGAGCCAUGGUGGCAUACAUUCCUCCUCUAGGGACCUUUGUACAGGCCUCAUACACACUGUGUCUUCAUGCCAACACACUACACAAAUAACUAGUCCCUGGGGAUUUGGGACUUUUCCAGACUUACAAGGUUCUCUUUUCCUCUGCUUUUUUUUUUGUUCUUGCGUCAACCAAAUUGGCCAUACUACAUGAUUAAGAAAAAAAAAGUAGUUUGAUACCUAUCUUAUAGGAGAGAAUUUGGGCUGACCAUGAUGUGAGGUCAGUGUUCUAUCUACAGAAUGAUGCCUGAUGGGUGAGCCCACUUUAAACCAGAGCCCUUUAGGUAGAAGGUAGUCUGUGUUCUCGAAGGUCCACACAUUCCAUCCUCCACUGAACAGAUGAACAGCGGUGAAAGUUCGAUACACAAAAGGGUUUUGAUCACAAUGCAACUGGCAGUGAAUGAAUUCCCAGAACAGUCCUCCCAGUUUAAAUGAGCUUUCUGUGAAAGGUGCAGUGGUUUAAACAGUGAUUCUCAGCAGCCAGAGUGGGGGGAGCCUCAGGAGCUGAGCUUCUGUAAGCUGGACUUAAGUUGGGAGACUGAGCUGAAUGUCUGUUGGCAGUGCCACCCCCCCCCCCCCUCCCUCUGAUUCUAUUGACCUUGAUUAAGUUUGUAUUAAGAAAACACGAGGGAAAAGGGCUCCGUGUCCAGAGGGUUUUGUAAUGCGAUCGUUGUUUCUCAUCAUUUCACUACCACCCUGUAAGUAGCUGGCUCUCUUUCUGCUACACCAUGUAGGGACAUCAUUUAAAGUAAAAAAAAUAAAAUAAAAAAAAACUAAGUAACUAUAAGACCAUCGUCACGCUGUGCGUAACGAAUGUACAGAGAAAAAAAAAACGUAGGUAUUUUUUUGAGGAUCAAUUAAUUUGUUAAUGAUAUGUAGUUAUUUAAUUGUUGUUUUUCCCUGUCCUUAUAUUGUAAUCAUUGCAUUUUCUUUUUUGUGAAAAAAGUUGAUCUUUUUUGUUUCUAGUUUGUCUUGUCAGAGUAAAGGUUCAAGUGCAGGAACACAGUAAACGUAUGAAACCACAAUAAGCCACUGGUGUGUAGGUGACAAUCGCUAAUUCCACUGGUCCCCAGAGUCUGCAAUCAUCAAAGAAGGUUGGCUUUCAGAGCCCUCUGGAGCGAGAAGACAGUUUUGCAUUAACUGAACAUCAUUUUGCCACUAGCCAAGUGAGUCCAGCAGAUAAGUCGAGAAUAAUAAACAAAUCUAAUUUAAAAUAAUUUCCACAUGGACAUUUAGACAGACUCCCUCCAUUUCCAUUUAACUGUCUAAGCAGUGAAUGAGCGUCAUUCUGCAUUUGUAAUCAAAUAACAUGAAACUUGUGCAGAAAGAUUCAAAGAGGAGUUGGAAUUUACUCUGACUGCAUCUCAUUGUCCAGGUCUGAAGUGGAAGUAGGAUGUAAUUCGUGGUAGUAAUACUCUGAACUGUGUAACAAAAAAACAAAAAAAAAUUGUAUCAAAACAGUCAAUAUGUGGCUCUGUGUCUCCUACUGAAAAGGUUUUGGCAGGCCACCUUUUUUUGUACGUAAAGUAGCCUUGAUGAACAAUAAAGUGCUUUUAAACCAC